AUGGAUCAGUUUGAAUACAUCAAAAUAUUUGAAGAGAUUGUGUUGCCCUGUGCCAAGGAGAAAAUGGCCCUAAAAUGGGUGUUUCAACAAGACAACGACCCCAAACACAUGAGUAAGCGAGCAACAUCUUGGUUCCAGACAACAAGGAUUGAGGAUCUGAAGGCGCUGAAAGAGGAGAGUGAAAUACUGAUUGAAAUGGAAGAGGAAGAUCUGUGUGAGAAAUAUCAUGAUUUCAAAUCUGGAGAAAAAGCUUUUAAAUGCUCACAGACUAAAAAAACUUCCUCAAGAAAAAGAACUCAAAAGACAGGAACUAGAAGUUAUUUCACCUGUCAACAGUGUGGAAGAAGUUUCACUGAAAAGGGAAGCCUUCAAGUCCACAUGAGAAUUCACAAUGGAGAGACCCCUUUUACCUGCAAACUGUGUGAGAAGAGCUUCUCACAAGAAGGAAAUCGUAAGACUCACAUGAAAAUUCACACUGGAGAGAAGCCUUUUGCAUGCCCUCAAUGUGGAAAGAGCUUUAGACAUAAAGUAUCCCUCAAAAACCACAGGAGGGUUCACACUGGAGAGACCCCUUUCACCUGCAAACUGUGUGGGAAGAGCUUCUCACUAGAAGGAAAUCUCAAGACUCACAUGAAAAUUCACACUGGAGAGAAGCCUUUUGCAUGCCCUCACUGUGGAAAGAGUUUCAGACAUAAAGUAACCUUUAAUGCCCAUAUGAGAAGUCACACUGGAGAGACCCCUUUCACCUGCAAACUGUGUGGGAAGAGCUUCUCACUAAAAGGUGGUCUUAAAUAUCACAUGAGAAUUCACACUGAAGAGAAGCCUUUCACCUGUGAUCAGUGUGGGAAGAGCUUUAGACAUAAAGCAUCCCUUAAAAGCCACAGGAGGGUUCACAAUGGAGAGACUCCUUUCACCUGCAAACUGUGUGGGAAGAGCUUCUCACAAGAAGGAAAUCUUAAGACUCACAUGAAAAUUCACACUGGAGAGAAGCCUUUCACAUGCCUUCAGUGUGGAAAGAGUUUCAGACAUAAAGUAACCCUUAAAAACCACAUAUGUAUUCACAUAUGUGUUAAAUGAAGUUCACAGACAGGAAUCACCUUAAAACGGAUAUAACACACAGUUUCUGGCAAUCUCAUGUUGAUCUCGAGUACCUGUAAAGUAGUAAUGAAUCCUUCAUAUUUCCGAAGAGUCUUCAGUUUUAUCAGAUUUACAGAAGAAAUCGGGUUCCUGGAGGCGUGCUGUGGGCGGAGCUAAAGAGUCACAAGCACAUCCUUAUUCAUCAACGAUGGAACAGUAUUGUAAAGUGUUACCAAAGACAUGCACAGAGAGCGACGGAGGCGCAGCAUCCCUGCUUGACAUGCAUGGGGAAAGUCUUGAAGAAAACAUGACUAAAGAACACCAGACACACCAAACCUCUCCAGUAGGACAGGAGGUGAAUGCAUAUCUAAGUGAGCUGCCCAUUUCCAGGAGCGAGAGCCCACUGCAGUUUUUACUGCAUGAAGAGGCGUAUACGACUCCUGUACACACCGCAGAUUUUUGGACAAAUCCGGGAGUAUUACUGACCAGACACGGGAAAUAUCAUGGUCCGUAUAUUGCCAAAUAUGUACCAAUUCGGAUGUAUGUUACUGAGGUAUUCUUCCGUCCAACAGCCAUUUGUUGCCAUGGCAAGUAAUCCCCUCAAAACAUUUUUUUUUCAGGGGACAUUCACACCUUUGUGGCACUGUGCCCUCCCCUUUUGGUCAUUCGCGUUAAAUUGGAUUGGUUGAUUUGAAACUAAACCCACCCCUAAACCAGACAGCUAUUGGGCCACUGAGCACACAGACUUUCCUCAAAAGUCAUUUCAUUGGUAAACUUGUGAUUUAUCCCACCCAAAACUGUUACAGAAAAGUGACUUUAUUUGUUACAUUUAGAAUAUAUCCCACCCAAAAACCUUACAGGUGAAUGAUGUGAUUGGUUGCAGACCAUGGGGCGGACAGAAACAUAUAGUUUAAACCAACAAUUGAUCAUUUGUCUUUACUCUGGGAAAAUAGUAAAUAGCACCUAAAACAAAAAGACAGAAAACAAUUUCAACAUUUAAAAAGACAACAUCUAAUGUGAAUUAAAGAUUUCAAACAAAUGCAGUAAAUAACAGAUGCAAUUAUGUCCCAGCAGACUCCAUACCUCACUGUAGAUCCUGUGUGCAUCUUCCUCAUCUUACAUUGAGCUCCAACAUUUCCGUUCUCCACAAUGCUCUUUUUGUGUUUGUCUCCGUUGACCUUGUCUCCAGCAACUGCAAAACAACAGUAAUGUUGACAAUAAUCAUGUUACGUCCCUUGACAUAAUUUAUAUUGUAUACCAUAACAGCCGAUGUAACGCUGCAGAGAAGCAGAGCUCGGCGAGAGUCCCUCUGCUAUCCCAAUCAACGUGUUGAGCAAAGUGUAAUCUAUGAAUCUGUUGUGUGAAUACGAAGUGCUCAUUUGAUAAUCAGUAAAACCAUGUAGGGAGAAGGGCACCUAUUUAUUUGGGUUUUACCCCCUUUCUGUUUUUCUCCUGUUUUUACGUUAGUCAGGGAGAGAGGUAAGACAACUGUCUUUAAUUUGCUUAUCUUUUGGUAGGUAAUUUGUUGUUUAAACUCCUUGGGAAGAUCUUUAGUUUAUUCAUUUGGCAUUGCCCUCUCCUGACGAUUUGGUUGUUUUCUGUUUAUCGAUCUUUGUUUGUUACUUAAUUGGCUUUGCUAAGCCGGCAAUAAA